AUGUUCGGUGAACUCAUUUGUGGCCCACCGGGGAGUGGCAAGACGACGUACUGCGAAGGUAAACGGCAGUUCCUGAGCGUGUACGACCCAACGCGACCGGUUGUCGUGUUAAACCUUGACCCCGCUAACGAGGACAUCUUUCCCUACCCGUGCGACGUUGACAUCCGCGAACUUGUCGACCACGCCACCGUCAUGGAGGAGGAGGGUCUGGGCCCCAACGGCACGUACUUGUUCUGCGCUGCAGUGAUGCAGGCGAACGUGGACUGGGUCAUCACUAAGGUGGAGGAAGCAGUUGAGCGUCGCAUCCAGGAGGUAUUGGCAACUGAGAUGAACGCCAUAGCGAGGGGCGCUGGUGCCGCCUCUGGUGGCAUGACGCUGCGCGCACCGUACCUGCUAAUCGACUGCCCCGGGCAGGUGGAGUUCUAUAUCGACGCGCAAGUGAUGCCAACCCUCACUCGUGCUCUGGCGAAGCGAUUGCAGUGUAGCUUGUGUACGGUGCACCUUGUUGACGCUGGCAUGGCAACGCGCGACCUGCCGACGUACGUCUCCUCGUGCGUGCUGUCGCUGACGACGAUGAUCGACCAUGAGCUGCCCCAUGUAAACGUGCUGAGCAAGUGGGACACGGUGCCGGCCGAGGUGCUGGAGGACACCGGUGAUGAUGGCGCGGCCUACCUUAACGUGUCUGCCAUGCUAUCCGAGAACAUGGAUCGGCUUUGGCGGCGGCAGCUGCAGCGUCGCCGGCAUGAACAGCGUAUGGCGCAGCAUUUUGUGACCGCGGCGCAGCCGGUGCCUCAGCUGACGCCGGAAGAGCGCACUGAGGAUGCGCAGCUGGCACACCUUGACCUCGCAAAGCAUCUUGGCCGCGUGUACCGCUACACCCGUCUUUUGAUGGACGUGGUCGAAGGCUACGGGCUCGUCGGUUACGUGCCGCUUGACGUGCAACACCAGGAGAUGAUGCUGCGCCUCACGCAAGAGGUGGACAACGCUAUGGGCAACUUAUUCUGA